CCACUCUCUCUCUCUCUCUUCUUCUCGGGCCGGCUUUGUCAUGACUGCCACGACUUCCCUCUAGACUUUUUCUUUUCCCUUCUCUCUCUCUUACAUGUGACUGUCUGAUGUCUUUUUUCUCGCUUGAUGUCCCGGUGUUUUCAUUUAUCCCUUUUAUCUACCGCAGAGCAUUUUGUUAUUUUCCUUGUUUUUAGACAUGGGUUUUCGAUGCGGUCCGAUCUCCUCCUCUCGCUGCUCCUGGUUAUGACCUUCUUCUUAGUCGAGAGCAUUUGGGUCGGGCAUGGAUGUCAUAGAAUGCGUUUGUGUUUCUCCUGUGACCGCUUCCAUCAAGAUACCCUUUUUGUUCUCGGGCGGCCCUGUGGAGAUCUGCUUGAAAAGGCGCGUGCCGAGCGGGUGUGCCGGCUUUUCGUGCUCUGAAAAGUGCUUUUAUGAGUUGUUCCCUGCUUGGUGCUAAUCAACUGCAUCGACCGUGUCUCGCAACAUAGAUUGUUUUCAGUUUCGGUAUCUCAUGG